UUUGUCAGAAUUAGAAAAACACUUUUUUUUGUUAUUGUUGUUGGCGUCUCUCUUUUUUCUUUGCUCGCUUCUUCUCAAUUCUUCUUCGUUUUGUUCUUUGUUUUGUGCCUGAAUUCUGUGUUCUUACAUUCAAUUCAUAUAUCCAAAGCCGUUCCAGCAACAAAAAACGAUGCUAUCUGAAUGAAUCAUUCAAUUACAUUCAAGUCUCAUUCACCGCCACCACCAUCGUCGCCAUCGUCAUCGUCGUCAUUGUCGUCGUGGACAAACACAUCAUCAACCAUCCGAACAUCAAAGUCAUUCGAUUAUUCAAUAACAAACAUUCGAUUUGACAAUGAUGAUGAUGAUAAUGAAAAUUUUACAAACAAAACAAAAAAAUCAUCAUUUCGUUCAAAUUGGAAUCAAUUUAACAGUAGUUUCGAUUAUCGUGGCGGUACAAUAUUAAGUGAUCCAUUAUUUAUUGAAUUUCGUGAUCGAAAUUCACAAAAAUUUCAUAAAUUAAAUUCAUCAAAUUCAUCAUCGAUCCAAUCGGUAAUAAUGGAUUCAAUUCAUUCGGAAAAAUCCACAAUCAAUCAUCAUUUAUCCGGAUCAUUGAAUAGUUGUUGUGAUGAAACACAAAGAUUGGUCCAUCUGAAUCAUCAUUUAAAAACGGAAAAUCAAUUCUAUGAUUCGGAUGAUAUAGAAUCUAGUCAGAAUUUUAAGAAAAAUAAUUUCCAUAAUGAAACAACAAUGAACCAUGGUUGUAAUUUUGCAUUAUAUAAAGGAAUAUUUUAUUCAUCAUUAUCAUCGGUUUUCUUUUCAUUAUCAGCUGUUAUUGUUAAAUAUCUUAAGGACAUUCAUCCUGGUCAAUUGGCUGUAUCACGUUUUUUCGGCAUAUUCAUAUUGACCAUACCGUUAAUUGUUUAUCAUGAUCAAAAUCCAUUUGGCCCAACGGAAUUACGACCAAUAUUAAUAAUGCGUGGUAUAGCUGGUGCAACAUCAUUAUUUUUACGUUUUAUUGCAUUUCAUUAUCUUUCCAUAGCUGAUGCAUCGGUUAUUAUAUUUUCCGUACCAAUAUUUGUUUCAAUAUUUGCAUGGUUUUAUCUUAAGGAACCAUGUGGACUGUUUCAUACAUUAACCAUCAUAAUAGCAAUGAUUGGCCUGAUAAUGACAACAAAAUUACCAAUAUUUUUUUCAUCAUUUAAUGAUAAUAAUCAAUAUUAUAAUUAUUAUCAUCCAUCAUGGUCAUCAACAUCAUCAAUGUUUAUGAAUAUGGCUAAUAAUAAUAAUAGAAACAUAUCAUCGUCAUCAAUGAUGAUUGAUUCAAAUAACAUGACAUCAUCAACAAACAUGAUAACAGAAAAUAAUGAUCGUCUUAAUCAUUUAUAUGGUGUAUUAGCUGCAUUAAGUUCAUUAAUAUUUUCAUCAUCAGUUUUCAUAUUGAUUCGUAAAGCAAAAAAUGUACAUCAUUCUGUGAUUAUGUUUAAUUUUGGUUGGGUUGCUAUUAUUGAAACAACAAUAUUAACAACAUUAUUAAAUGGUUUUUCAAUGCCACGUACACCAUUCGAAUGGUAUUUAAUUGUUGUUUUGGCUGUAUUUUCAUUUUGUGGCCAGAUGCUUUUAACACGUUCAUUACAGCUAGAACAAGCUGGUCCAGUAUCAGUUGUACGUGCUACAACCGAUAUUACAUUAGCAUUUUUAUGGCAAUUGAUUAUAUUCAAUGAAAUACCAGAUUUAUGGUCAAUUUUUGGUGCCUUAGUUGUAUCAAGUUGUAUUGUAUUGACAGCAAUGCGUAAAUGGUUAUUAUCAUUACCUGAACAUUCAAGAAUUAAAAAUAAACUUUAUUUUCUUUUAUUAUGAACAAAAAAAAACACACACAAAGUCUGAAUGAAU